AGGUGACAAAAACCAAGCGUAAAAUUUUCACAAAACCCAUUGAAUAUUCAUAAAAUAAUAUCGGAAAGUGUAGAAUAUGGACGUUUACAAUCAUUAGAAAGUGUACUCAGUACAGUGUACGUUAAAUAAUGAGUGUGUAUUUUGUUUCUGAGCGUUUGUUGUAAUUGUUCAAAAUGUAUACUCUCAAGGGUAUAUUUCCAGAACCAACAGAACUACCACUUUCAGAAAAGGAGCAGAAAAAAAACUUCAUAAGGGAAAACAUGAAACAGCUUAAAUAUAUUCAAGGCAAGUCGCCCAAAGAGUCACAACAGGGUCUGACGAGCGUCCCCCCGCGGGUCUCUAGACAGCCAGCCGUCGCCCUCAACAAGGUAAAGUCCUCGCCCUCCAGCAAGAGUGGUAAAGCUACCCUCUCUAUCGGGAAAUCCAUAGGCAACUCACGGAAGAAACUCACCGAUGUUCGGUUAAAGAAAGGUGAUAUGGCUGAGUUCUUAGAAAGGAAAGAGAGACGUGCCAAGCAAGUUAAGGAAGAAGAGACGGAGGAAGAGGAUGUUAAAUCUACAGAUUCAUCUGGAUGCUUGAAAGAUAUAGGCUGUCAGACUAUUGAGUCAAAUCUAGCACAACAACUAACUGAAUGCACUAAACUUACAAUGAUAUACCCUAAAAAAGAGGAUGAGGAAGCUAAGUUGAGAGCGAGCGGGGACUCCGGCCUUCAAAAUCAAGUGACAACUUCUAAGGGACGUAAGGGAAGUGAUGAAAUUGAGUCGGAGAGGAAUCGCAGUCGGCUAAAUGCUAUCUUGGAACGGAAAGACAGAGACAAUAAAGAUCCUUAUUUACCAUCAGGCUACCAGCGCGGCGUGGUGCCCGCGUACCUGCGCGCGCGCCGGGACGGCGGCGGGGCGGGCGCGGGCGCGGGGGCGCGGGCGCGGGCGCGGGCGCGGCGGGCGCCGAGCCGGGCGACGAGUGCCCGCCGGGGCAACGUGGCGCUGCCCGACCAGGAGCGCAAGGAGACGCUGAGGAUGCUUAGGAAUAGUUUUGCGGAACUAGUAAGCGAACUGAACAAGAUGCCCGUGAAGACCGACACGCUGCGCAUGCGCAACCGCAAGAUGGAGCUCGAGAAGCAACUGGCCAAGCUCGAGGAGGGCAUCAAAGUCUUCUCGAGGCCCAAGGUCUUUGUUAAGAUCGGCGAAUAGUUACAGUGCUUGCCUGCGUAGGGGUUUCCGUUCGUGGUGCCCUAAAACUCAUGAGCGGAGUUUAUCAAGUUUAAAUUUGGAACUCUAUGGUCAAGUGUCCACUUUUUUUUAAUCUAUGGGAGCGGGAUUGAGUACCGUAAAAUGGGG